CUUCUCGUAACUCCAAAUUUAACAGGACAAUCAAUUAGCCGUCAAUACCCCACUUCCCCUAAUAGAUUCAUCAUCACUUCCAUUCUUUAUUCUCUCUCCAUAUCUUACUACUACUCUCUCCACUGAAUGUAUAUAUAAAUCUUUUCUCCAUCAUCGAUUGUCACAACACAAACUUAUCUCUCUCACUUUCUCUACAAUGGCUGAUCACAAAACCAAAGAAGAGAAGCCAUUCUCAUUCCUAGCUCAUUCACCUUCCUUUGAUCACAGCUCCUUAAGUUAUCCUUUAUUUGACUGGGAAGAAGAUCUUCUUGCUCUCCAAGAAAACUCUGCCUCUCAAGGUUUUCCUUUGACUACAACUUCUCUGCCUUUACCUGAUCUUGAACCCUUGUCUGAAGAUGUACUCAAUUCAUACAGUUCUGUAUCAUGGAACGAAACAGAGCAAAACAGAGGAGAUGGUGCUUCAUCGGAGAAGAAGAUGGAAAAUGGAACAGUGAAAGAGACGACUAAGAAGAGGAAAAUCAAUGAGAGACACAGAGAACAUAGCGUGAGAAUCAUCAGCGAUAUUACUAGCUACACAACUAGUGCAGCAUCAACAGCAUUAUCGAAGGAAACUGUCUCUCGCUACUUCUACAUGCCCAUAACUCAGGCUGCAAUGGAACUUAACGUUGGUUUAACUCUUCUGAAAAGGAGAUGUCGUGAAUUGGGUAUUCGCCGAUGGCCUCAUCGUAAACUCAUGAGCCUUAACACUUUGAUCAGUAAUGUCAAGGCGCUGCAGAAGAUGGAAGGCGAAGAGAAUGCCGAAAAGUUGCAGGACGCGUUGGAGAUGCUUGAGAAGGAGAAAAGGACGAUUGAGGAGUUACCGGAUUUGGAGUUCAAGGACAAGACAAAGAGGCUAAGACAAGCUUGUUUCAAGGCUAACCACAAGAGGAAGAAGAAGAGAAGUCUCAAGUCCGAUCAGUUUCAAGUACCCUCGUGUUCAAGCAGCGGAUCAGUCCCUAGUGAUGAGUCGGUUGAUGAAGCAGGAAUCGAGAGUGAUGAAGAAGUGAAGUAUCUCUUGUGUGGGUUCUCAAGUGAGUUUAGUAGUGGUUUGUGAAAUCUGUUUUUACUUUUUAGUGGGGGAUUGGAUUGUAAAGCCAAAUGCUUUUUUGACUAAUUCAAUGAACAGAAAACAUAAAU